AUUGUUUUUAUCACAAAAGACGAGCAAUACUAUACGGGGAAACGCUAUUGAAAUCGCAACAAAUGAUAACUGGAAACUUGAUUGUCUGGUGCUCCCGCUAGAAUGAAUGUGAAGGAGAAGGCCAAGGCGUUCGAAGGACGUUCCUCUGUGAUUGGAGAAAGCCCGCCACCGAAAAAGAAAAGCCGCGAAGAACGCAUCGGUGGCAGUGGCAACGACGACCUGGAAAGAGAAUCAUCAUCUGAAACUCCUGAACCACCACCUAGAAAAUCCAAAAAGAAUGGCAAAAUAAAAUCAUCUGAAGAAUACAGUCCAAGUUUAGAAAGAAAAGAAAAUAUUCCAACAAGUGUCAAGGACACCAAGGGGCGUCAAAAACCCCCAAGACCUCCUCCACCCCCAAGGGGAAGUUCUUUGGGACGUAAGAGUGAAUUGUUGUCAAAUUUGCGAUUACAGUCAUCAGGAGAGAAAAAGAAAAAACCUCCUGUCCCUCCAAAACCCAAGAAUCACAUUCCUAAGAAAGCUUAUGUGAAAAAGAACAUUAGUGUCAAAAGUGUGAAAAAAAUUGUUAGUCAGCCAGCAAAGGAUGGAUCUGUUUUGGUGCCAAAGUCUUCCACAAACAGUGCACACGAAUCACAGUUUUUCGCCCCACUAGAUAAAGACACUUCUAAGGUGGCAUCAUCUGAAAAUCACGAGUCAAAAAGAUCUUCACAGUUUUUUGUCUCUUUGGAAGAACAAACUUCUAGUAAAGACAGCCUAAAUACUAAGGAGUUAGACAAUUCAAAAGGACAUAUUGUGUUUGAGUAUGCUUCAGAAGAUAGUGAAUUCAGUAAUGUUGAAAAUGGCUUUGUGGGUAGUAACGGCAUUCAUGAGAAUGGGGUAGCUUCUAGGCCUCUUGUUAUUCAACCUGGGAACAUAAAUUUUGAAAAGGACAUGGCAGAUCCUCUGGAAGGUCUUGAAAUAACUGUUGAUGAUAUUAGUGACGAUGAUGACAUUUCUUCAAUGCCACCCGAGGGAAAGAAUGAAGUUGGGGAAUUUUCUGAGCCUAUGGAGGUCAGUGUGGAUGAUGCUUCAAAUGACGGAGUUUGCAAUGAAUUUCAACCAGUUGAUGGUGUAGAAGAACCAGAAGAUAAAGUUCAUAUAUUAUACAGUGUUGAGCUCGAGGAAGAAUGUUCUGUCACUGUAAUAGAAAAUAAUACGAGGAGUGAUGAAAAAGGAACAAAAAUGCUGGAAGUACAAGGAGGGAUUAGAGCAGAAAACAAUGAAGUUAUAGAAGUCGGUAAAGGUGAAUCAAUUGCCAGCAACCUUCUUUCAGAAAAUUUGGUUGGGGAGAAUGCUUCACUAACCUCUGAUGAGGUAGAAAAAGACAAAAUGGAAGAAGAAAUUAGUGUGGUUAAUUUUUUCAAUCAUCAAGAGGAAAUGGCGUCUAAUUUUGAAGCUGAAGAGCGAGUGGACAGUGUUUUGGAAAAUCUAAGUGAAGAUUCAGAAGAAAUUCUUAUGAAGGAAGAUUCUCCAGUUGAUGAAGUACAAGAACUGUCAGUUAACCAGAAUGUUAAGUGUGAAACUGAAUUAGAGAGUUCACAGAUUUGUGUAGAUUCAACAGGACAAAACAAAGUUGAAAAUGUAACUGAUAAGAGCCAUGAAGCAGCUAUGGAAGAAGCACAGCAAAAUGAAUCUCAACAAAAUGGCGAGGUGAUUAUGGCUGAACCGAUAAGAGAAGGUACUUUGUUAUCAGUUACUGAUCGUGUCAUUUUCAAGGAAAUUUCACAUGUGGAUGAAGAUAAAAAUAAUUCGGAGGAACCUGCUGAAGAAAAAUUAGAAGAUGUUAGGAAUGAAGAUCACUCAGGGUUUAAGGGUCAACAUGAAAAUGAAGGAUUUAUGGAGAAAAAUGAACUUGAGUUUGUUUCAACUAAACCAGAGGAAUUGGAAUCCUGCCAAGACAUGGCAGUAGAAUUGGACAAAACUGAACAAUUUGGAGAACAGUUGCUUGGGAAUUCAAUUCCUGAAAAUUUUUGUCAAGAAGAGAGAAAGAUGGAAUUUGCGUGUACUAGUGGCAAUGAGGAGGAACCUAAAGUAGAAGAAGAUGUAUCAAGUUUAAAAAACACUGAGGGUUUGAUACAGAAGGAGAGUGAUGAUCAGGAUGAAAGCCCCGUCAUUCCUGAUUCUAUAGAAGAUGAUCUAGAUACUGUGUCAUCUGAAUUUGUUAAUGUGGAGCAAGCUGCUUCACAGGAAAAUGUUGAGGCUGUGCUAUUUGAGAUGAAGGAAGAUCAGGAUAAAAGCACUGUCAAUGCCAUCCCUAAUUUGAAAGAAGAUAUAGAAACUGCUUCAUCUGAAUUUGUCGAUGUGGAGCAACCUCCUUCAAAGGCCAACAAGGAAGUUGUGCAAGUUGAAGUAGAGGAGGUUGAGAGUUCAUGCAUUGUUAAUGCCAUCUCUGUUUCUACAGAAGAAGAUCUAGAAACUGCUCCAUCUGAAUUUGUUGAUGUGGAGCAACCUCCUUCACAGGCCAACAAAAAGGUAAUGCAAGGUGAAGUAGAAGAGGGUGAUAAUGUGAGCAUUGUGAAUACCAUCUCUAUUUCUAGAGAAGAAGAUCUAGAAACUGCUUCAUCUGAAUUUGUUGAUGUGAAGCAACCUCCUUCACAGGCCAAUAAAGAGAUUGUGCAAGUUGAAGUAGAAGAGGGUGAGAAUGUGUGCAUUGUGAAUGCCAUCUCUAUUUCUACAGUGGAAGAUCCAGAAACUGCUUCAUCUGAAUUUGCCAAUGUGGAGCAACCACCAACGCAGGAAAAUGUAGAUGGCAACAAUUCACUUUCUCCAGAGUCUCAGCCAGUUCCCCCAGAGAGACGAAGUCGCAAGGCUAAGAAACAAAAGCAUGUUUAUGAAAAUAUUGCUGCAACUUCAAGACAACUUGAGCAGAUUAAAAUUAAGGGAGACUCCCUGAGAAAAACUCAGUCCUUCAGCAAAUAUGAAACAGCUUCUCUCUCAAUAUCACGCCCUGUUCAGCGCGUGUCUGAUGAUGAGGUUAUUUACAGAGUUCCUGCUAAGGUCAUUCCAGUUGAAAGUUUUGGAACUGAUGAAUCCGAGUACAGUGUUCCACUUCCCAUUUCAUCUCGAGCACGCAGUGUCACUAUGCAAGAUGAGUAUGCAGUGCCCAAGUCAAUCAUAGUAAAAGCAUGUGCAGUAACAGAUAGUCAUGGUGCUGAUGACAGAGAAAUAUAUUCUGUUCCUGGUCAAGUAACACCUGUACCUGUGGUUGAAAAAUUCUCUGAUUCUUCAAGUAGACUUCCCUCUCAGGCAGUUCCACAGGAGGAUGAUGAUAGUGAAUAUGCUGUGCCUGUUCAGGCAAAGCCAGUGAUGUCAGCUCCUGUGUCAGCCACUCCACCUCCAAAACCUCCAAGAACAAGCUUAUUAAAAGAAGAGUUUAAUGUCUUUGCAAGUGUGGAGGAGACAUCCAGUUCAGCAAGCACAGAGACAGAAACAAGGCAAUCACCAAAACCAGUCCCAAGGACGAGAGAGCUGAAGAAUUCACCGACUCCUGUACCAAGGAAGAGCUCAAAGACUGCUGCAUCAUCAGAAUCAUCAACAACCCACAGCAGUGAAAACUCUCCAAGUCCUGUACCAAGGAAGAACUCCAAGCUUGUCAUGUCAACAGACUCAUCUUCAACUAAUAGUGGUGAUAACUCACCAACUCCUGUACCAAGGAAAAGCUUGAAAAUCGCUUCAUCAACAGAGUCUACUUCAACUCAAAGUAGUGAUUCUCCGGUUCCUGUACCUCGUACUCGUCUGAAUGCUCUUCAGCCUGAACCUUCCAUCUCAAAUGAAUCUUCAUCAGAGCUCUCUACAUUGUCAUCUUCUGACAUCUCUACGGUGGAGACCACGGAGGAGGAACAAACCUUGAAACGCAAACCUCCACCACGCCCACCUCCUCCAAGCAGCCGCACAAGCAUCAUAAACAACGAAAAUGAAGCCCCUCCCCUGACACCAGGGCCGUUUGCAAACGAGGCCGAUUCUGAUACGGAUUCUGAUGUUGGAGAAGAGGCAUCAUCAAAGGGUCCAUCAAAGUCAAAGACAUACUACAUUGCACAUGAAAUUCUCUCAACUGAGCAGACGUUUGUGGAUGCUUUAAAACUUGUCUUUGAGAAAAAUGUACAACUCAUCACAAACAAUGGGUUUAAAAGAUGGAAUUCCUCUCUGUCAUCCUUUACCAAAAAUUUACUUUUGCAUCUUGUUUCCUUCAGGGAAGAACAUGAGAGAAUUGGUGAUAUUAUCAAGAAAUACAGCCACUUCUUAAAGAUGUACACUCAGUUUGUGAAUGGCUAUGACAAAGCUAUUGGUGUGUUUCAAGACACUAUGAAAGAAAAUUCAGAGUUUGCAGACAUGGUUGCUAAAUUUCAGGCAAGUGAACGUUGUCAUGGAAUGGCAUUGUCAUCUUAUAUGCUGAAACCUGUACAGCGCAUACCUAGCUACAGACUUCUUCUUAUUGACUAUCUCAAGCAUUUGCCGAAGGACUCAGAGGAAUCAAAGGACACAGAAGCUGCCCUUAAGAUUGUGUCAGAGGUUGCGACACACAUCAAUGAGUCCAUGAAGAAAAUGGAGAGCUUUGAGCAGAUGCUUAAGGUUCAGAGGAGUCUUGUGGGACACCCAGAGAUUGUCAAAGCUGGACGGGUAUGUACCAACAGUUGUUGUGGAGUGCAAGAGAGGGACGAAGAGGUCAUGAAACUCGGAGAGAAAGCCCCUGUGUGGAUUCCGGAUCACCGUGUUACAAUGUGCAUGAGCUGUACGUCUCCAUUUACUCUCACCAACAGGAGGCAUCACUGCAGAGCUUGUGGAAACGUUGUUUGUGGGGCUUGUUCGGAAAGCACCGCUCCACUGGCAUACUUGGAGUACAACCAGGCUAGGGUUUGCGACAAGUGCUAUGACCUGCUUUUAAAAGAUUUCCACACCGUUGAAAUGAAAGCAGUAGAGGAAGAAUCGCCUACGUCUACGCUUCCCCCGUUGCUUCAAGAGGCAGAAGACGCAGAGAAGUUGCUACGAAAACCGACCAAGUUUGAAAUGAUGCGACGAUUUAAGAGUAGAAAAACAAAAAGAAAAUCGACAAUAAUGCAUCCGUCGCACUUAACAGAGGUCGUCGCUAAUCAGGAAGGAAGUCAAAUGAGUGGCUACUUAAAAUACAAGAAAGGAAAAUUUGGAUGGAAGAAGUCGUGGUUUGUGCUGAAGGACAAUGUUUUGUAUUCGUACAAAGCCAGCUCAGAUGUUGUGGCGCUGGAAAGUCAACCAGUCUUGAGUUAUGAAAUUGAAGAUCUUGGCAAGGAAGGGAAUGAUUUUGUAUUUCAACUCAAACACCAUGGUAUUUCACCGUUAGUUUUCAAGGCAGAUAACGAAAACUCUGCAACAAGGUGGAUACGCGAACUUAAGAAAGCGACCACGAUGCAAUCAUGAAAUAAUUGUUGUCACGCACUGAAGUAACGCCGUCCAGGGCGUUAGGUCCGAGUCACGCUGUGCAAGUCACGC